GGAUUUUGUUGUUUCCUAGAUAAAAGGGCAUGAGAUUUGAUAGAUAUAUUUGAACUAGUGUAUGCAUGAAGAGAUGGCUUCUAUUGUAAUUUUCAAAGGAUGCACCUUUUGGGUAUUUAAAAGGUGCAAAUUGUGAAUUGCAUAAUUGGAAGAGGAAAAUUCAGGAGAACACCUCAUGAGCUUCAAACUUUUACAUAGAUUAGAUAAAUAAUAUGCAACCAUAACCUGUCAUGUCAUGAAGUCAAAGGUGAGAACUACAUCAGAAUAGUAUGACAACAAAUUUGAAGUCAAUACAUCUUUUCUUAUAUACAGUUGGUCUCAUCCCAUCAUUCAACAUUACGAUUUAUAACGUUUCCUAAUUGCAGGGCACUAGUGAGAUUGAGGCCCUUUGUCUUCCUAUGGGAGAAACCUACACAGGUGAAAGAUUUAAAAACUUGACUAACUUGAGGUUCCUUCGAACGAAUGGUGCGAAUCUCACCGGAGAUUUUCAGAACUUGCUUCCUAAAUUAAGAUGGCUUGAAUGGACAAGCUGUUGCUUGGAUCUUGAAGCAGCCAUCUUUCGCCCGAAGAAGUUAAUCGUUCUUGAUCUAUCGGGUGGUAAGAUUAGGGAGGAUUGGGGAGGAUGGGAUCCACUAAAGAUGGCAACCGAACUCAAAGUUCUCAAUCUCAAGUGUUGUACUUUGAGAACAAUCCCGGACUUGUCCGCAUUCAAGAGCUUGGAGAUUUUGAAUCUUGAAUGUUGUAAGCAUCUAGAAGAGAUUCAUCCUUCUGUCGAGGGCGUCAAGACUCUCGUCUCCUUGAAUGUUGGAAGUUGUGAGAAAUUGGAGGAGUUACCUCGAGGAGUAGGCAAAAUGGAAAAAUUGAGGGAGCUUCGAAUAAAGAACACUAAGAUACAAGAGAUUCCUAUUUCAAGAGGUUGUUUGACGAAGCUGGAGACUCUAGAUGCCUCAAAUUGUCAACUACUUACUCAACUUCCAAAAUCCUUAGCCUCCCUUGUGUCAUUAACUAAGCUAGACCUACUUUACACAAGAAUUGAAGAAUUACCUGAAUCAAUUGGUUCUCUAAAGAAGCUCAGGAUACUUGAUGCCUCCUAUUGUAAAUUAUUAGCCCACAUACCCAACUCCAUAGGCGAUCUAGCAUCUCUGUCACUUCUUAACCUAACAGAAUGCUACAAACUUGCUCAACUUCCAGGCUCCAUAGGCUCUCUGGUAUCAUUGUAGUGCUUGCUAUUAUCAAGAUGCAGCUCAUUGGGAGCAAUCCCAGACUCAAUUGGACAAUUAGAAUCAUUGACUGAACUACACUUAGAAUUUACAGCGAUUGAAGAAUUACCCAAAUCAAUUGGUUCUCUAAAGAAGCUCAGGACACUUGAUGUCUCCCAUUGUGCAUCAUUAGCCCACAUACCCAAUUCCAUAGGGGAUCUAGCAUCUCUAUCACUUCUUGACCUAACAGGAUGCGACAAGCUUGCUCAACUUCCAAGCUCCAUAGGCUCUUUCAUGUCAUUGCAGCGCUUGCUAUUAUCAAGAUGCAGCUCAUUGGGAGCAAUCCCAUACUCAAUUGGACAAUUAGAAUCAUUGACUGAACUGCACUUAAAAUUUACAGCGAUUGAAGAAUUACCCAAAUCAAUUGGUUCUCUAAAGAAGCUCAGGACACUGGAUGUCUCAUGUUCUGCAUCAUUAGCCCACAUACCCAGCUCC